AUCUCAUCUUUUAAGCAGUUCCAUUCAAAUGAGUGCCGACCCAGAGAUAUUGUUGGCGUAUUCCUCAACUGGGGCCUUCACGGAGCCCUAUGUGUCCAGAUGUUGUACAUACUUUUUUGCGCGGAAUGGGUUUUCACAAUCCUUCUCUCCAUGGCAGUCUUCGCAUUACUCCUGGAUAAUGCUGUCUCCCCAACAUAUUAUGAAGUCUCGUCAACAAUCUUCUAUUUUGUAAUUCCGGUUCUAUCUGCUUUGAUCGCUGCGAUGGUGCAGGUGUUCUACGCAUGGCGAAUGUGGCUCUUGUCAAACAGGAAGCUGCUUAUCCUCGCAGGCGUCGUUGGCUGGCUGGGAGGAAGCGCUCUAGUCGACAUCAUCAUCGCCGUCGCGAUGUAUAUCCUGCUGCGCAAGUUGCGGCGUGGUGAGCAAGAGUCAGAUAUCCUUCUCAACCGCUUGGUUAAACAUGUUGUGGGCAGUGGAAUGGUCACAGGUAAUCAUCUCCCCGUCACAGAGUGA